UCUCGUUGUUCCUUUUUCUUCUGGUGAUGACAACUGAAGAAGAUGUGAGUUAGUGGUUAUUGGUCAGUGGUGAUAACGAGCAGGAACGUCAGUAGAGUGAACUAAUGCCGGUCCUCGGCUCAGUGAAGUGGCGUGCCAAGUGGAUGAUAAAUCGAGGAACUUAAUAGAAAUAUAUCGUCGGAUCGUUUGGAUCGGUCUCGAAUAUUGGAUAGACCAUGAUCCUGACACCGGACAGCAGCGCGCAGGCCACGAUGGCGACGUCACCGGCACCUGAAUCCCCCAUCUCGAGCAUAUCUUCCCACGGUUCCCGCGCGUCCAGCGUGUCGCGCAUGUCUUCCUGCGUAUCUCAGGGAAUGUCCAGCCCUUAUCACGUGGCCCAGUUACCGCAUCACCUUAGCCCCAACAUGCCUACCAUGGAUUCUACCGUUUCCUCGGCCAAACCUGAGCCUGAAUUGAACAUAGAAUUCGACGGGACCACAGUAUUGUGCCGUGUUUGCGGGGACAAGGCGUCCGGUUUUCACUAUGGAGUACACUCCUGCGAGGGAUGCAAGGGAUUCUUCCGGCGCAGCAUUCAACAGAAGAUUCAGUAUCGGCCCUGCACCAAGAAUCAACAGUGCAGCAUCCUGCGCAUCAACAGGAACCGCUGCCAAUAUUGCCGCCUCAAGAAGUGCAUCGCUGUCGGGAUGAGUCGUGAUGCGGUACGAUUCGGCCGUGUGCCCAAACGUGAGAAGGCCAGGAUUCUGGCUGCUAUGCAGCAAAGCUCCCACAGCCGAUCUCAAGAGAAGGCAGUAGCGGCCGAACUGGAGGACGAGCAACGGCUUCUGGCCACCGUUGUGCAAGCCCACCUCGACACAUGCGACUUUACCAGGGACAAGGUGGCACCGAUCCUGGUCAGAGCUCGAGAAACGCCUAACUAUACCGCCUGUCCGCCAACCUUGGCAUGCCCCCUGAACCCUAACCCCCAGCCGUUGACUGGCCAACAAGAGUUGCUGCAAGAUUUCUCGAAGAGGUUCUCGCCCGCGAUCCGUGGAGUGGUAGAAUUCGCGAAACGCAUCCCCGGAUUCAGCCUGCUGGCGCAGGACGAUCAGGUGACGCUGCUCAAGGCGGGCGUUUUCGAGGUGUUGCUUGUCCGGCUUGCUUGCAUGUUCGACGCCCAGACGAACAGCAUGAUCUGCCUGAACGGGCAGGUGUUGAAACGAGAAUCCAUCCACAACAGCAGCAACGCCCGUUUCCUCAUGGACUCGAUGUUCGACUUCGCCGAGAGGGUGAACUCGUUGCGGUUGUCGGACGCCGAGCUCGGCCUCUUCUGUUCCGUGGUCGUGAUAGCCGCCGACAGGCCGGGAUUGCGCAACACCGAGCUGGUCGAGCGCAUGCACAACAAGUUGCGGAACGCUCUCCAGACGGUUCUCGCGCAGAACCACCCCCAGCACCCGGACAUCCUGAGGGAAUUGCUGAAAAAGAUCCCAGACCUGAGAACCUUGAACACCCUCCACUCGGAGAAACUGUUGGCGUUCAAGAUGACCGAGCAACAGCAACAGAUGCAAGCCCAGCAACAACACCAGCAACAGCAACAGCAAACGCAGCACGUGAUCAACCUAAACCUACCCAUCUACCUUACCUACCACCUAUCGACGAAACUCGAAGAACAACAGCCACAACAGGAAGGUAAGCUAUCUGGUCUAGACGAUCUGGCGAGAUAG